AUGAAACUCGCACUUCUGCUGUUAAUUGUUGCAAUUGCCGCUUACAACGCUGAUACUAACGAUAUUCCUGAUGUAACUGAUAAUUCAACAGUUGAAAAUAAUAAUGAUACCGAUGAAUACAAUGCAAAGUACCUUCCAUUCGUAGCGUUCAUAGACAAGGAUCAGGACAACAGCGAGUAUUGGCGAGAAACGGAGAUUUUGUCUCUAGUGCGGAGUAAAGAGAUGGACAUAGAUUAUGAGAAGUGUGAAAACGCCAGACCCGUCAACUCUUUCGUCCGUAUACCUAGUCGCAGGACUGUUAGACCUAUUUGUAAAGGACAGCUAGGUGCCCCGGUGCUCCCCUAG